AUGAUGGAACCUGCCCUUGUGGAUGAAAAACUAAUUCCUUGGGAGUUAAACAAGUUUAAGUUGAAUCCAUUACGUAAUGGUGGUGUCAUUGCUUAUUAUCAAAUCAAUAAGCCUUCAGAUCUCACUGCAACUGCUCAGUUAGCACCCAAGGAUAGGCCUCUAGUCUGUCUGCAUCUGAAAGAGUCAGAAAAUUUGCCUAAGAUAUCAAUUAUGAAUCUGAGGCAUCGGAAUAUUUUACGAGUUGAAGCUGUACAAAAAUUGGAACUGCCGUUCUCGAACCAGAAAAACAUUGCUGUUGUUGUGGAGCCUCAUGAUGGACCUCUCACUUGGUUUUUAGUCAGAUUGCUUCUGACCGAGAAGGGCAGUAAUGCCGUCCCAUCACAGUCUCUUAGAGAUGUUAUAAGACAAAUUGUGGAGGCUAUUGAAGAGCUCAGAAUAAAUGGAGUCUAUCAUGGCAAUCUUACAAUACAUAAUAUAUACCAUUCAAGAGUUGGUGGUGCUAUUGUAGUGAAGUUGGUUAAUUUUCAAAACAGAGCCUCUUUUACAACCAGAAUACCUUUUGCCAACUUGUGCAUACCGACAGAUUGGGAUGUUGCAAUUUCAGAUAUCGAAUUGGAGGCUGCACAGUUAAUGGACUGGGUUGGGCUUGGUAAUAUUCUUCAUACUAUUUCAACUGCAGCAAAGUUCAGGGAUAAUACUGCCUCGUGCUCCAUAAUUGACCAUCUGGCAUCAAAAUUGAUGGCAUUAACAAGCAUGGUGAAGAACCACGCGUGGCCACUACCAUGGGACAGUAAGCAUUUUGGACUCGUAAAGGCCAUGAACGACUACCGUGAAGAAGUUGCGGUAAGAGAUAAACACAAGGGAGUUAAUCCAGGUCCAGAAGUUCUGAAACAGUAUCAUUACAAUGGACAAGAUCCAAUUCACAAUGUACAGUGUAUGAGCGGAGCUUACACUCACCAGGACAAAAUAGAGAAGGACAUUAAAGAUGAUAAAGACAAGCGAAUGUCGGUGGAUGUGGCUGUCCAGAAGGAGCAGCCAGAGUUGUGUCUUGCCCUACGUAGGUUGCUCGCAGGGGAAGCCUUCUAG